UCGGCAGUCGGUCGCGCGUUACCGAGCAAAGUGGAUGAGUUCGCGAACGCGCUCCCGCUAAGAAAGCUCAGUUUUUUUUCUCAUAUCGUGAGAAUAAUCCGCACGCGUUUACGAUUUCUAUUAUAACUUUUCUUUGUAUAUUAAUAUUUACACGCGUAGAGUUAUAGUAACGAAAAGUCAACGCCCCGUGUCUUCUUCUUCCUCGUUCGAUCAUCGAUACGUUGCAAGUCGUUUUUGCAACGUUCACGGUAGUGAUAAACAGAUAAACAAAACAAAACAAAAAAUUAACCACAAAAUAACUUUGGAGUUCGUGCUGAUUCAGUGUAACGUUCGUUUUUUGAGGAGGGGAAAAAGGAGAGGAAAGGAAAGGAAAGGAAAGGAAAGAAAAGAAAAAAAAAUUAACUCGUUCUCUUCCUUCGAAGAUUCUUAAGUCUUCUUAAGGAGCUUCAAAUUCGGGAGAAAUCGUUUUAAGUACGAUCCAACAUUCGAGGUCAGAGCUCGGUAAGCAAGCGCUUGAGCGCACUUUAGUAAGACAAAUACAGAGAGAAAGAGAGAGAGAGAGAGAGAAAUAUAAUCAAGUAGCAGCUAGAAGAGAGAAAAAAAAGGAAAGAUGGGAGCGAGACAAAGCAAAAGGUCCGUCGACAUAACGACGACGCCGAAGAAGGAAGGUAUACCAAGCGAAGGUGCAGUUGUAGGUGAUGCCGCAACACCAGGUGAUGGAAAACUCGAAAGGAUCGAAGAAAGUGAUGCUAAACCGACGACUAAUGGCAUUGCUUAUCGUACUGACGUUACCGAAGAUAAGGACAAAGAUAAGGAUGAGGCUACUGAGAAGGAUAAGGAGAAGCAGGAAUCCGAAGAAGUAAAGUCGGAGGAUACGAAGCAAGAAUCGUCUGGCGAACCUUCAGCAGAAGGUGCGGAGGUUACAACGCCUACGGAAGGCAAUCCAGCCAGUCCCAACACUGUUGCUUCACCAGACAGCAAGGAACCUAAAAAAAAAGAUAAGAUGAGGAAAAAGUGGUCCCUCAGGUCGAUCAGCUUCAGCAAGAAGGACAAGAGCAAGCCGACUCGUGAGGAAACACCCAAGAAUGGAGACGUCACUAAAGAAGAGCCGCUAGCAGAGGGGGGUGAAGAUGGAGAUCACGCAGCUAACAGUUCAGCGGAAGACAAAUCUGCCGUAAGCAGUCCUUCGGAGAACGAAACCAGCAGUACGCCAUUGUCAUCCGCAGUAGAGGCUAAAGAAGAAUCAGGAGCAGCAUCAGCAACGACGACGACGACGACGACGACGACAACGGUGCCGGCGGCGGCGGUGGCGACGACACCAGAAACAGCAGCACCAACAGCAACGACGACACCACCAGCAACUAGCCCGGUAGCCGAGGAAAAGAAAGAGGAACCUACUCCCUCUGCCCCUACUCCCGUCCCUCUAGAGGAUAAGAAAGAGGAGGUCGAAAAAGUCGAGGCAGAGAAAAAAGUAGUCGAGGUCAGUCCAGACGGUGGUCGGUCCUUAGCGGACUCGAUAAAAGUCUCCGUCUUCCGAGUCCAGCCAGUCGAUACGCCGUCUAUCAUUGAGAGGAAAACCAGUGAGGAUCUCCCGUCCCAACUCCCAUCGAGUCCUCCACCAACUCCGAUCGAACCGUCGCCCUUACAACAAGCUCAGCAGGCAGCGGCAACAGCUGUCACUGUUACAGCUCUAGCCAAAGCUUUAGAAUUGCCUGUUGAGCCUGUUGUAGAUAAGGACGUUACGACUGAAGUUAAUUCCACGUUACCAACAAUUUUACACCAAGACCCUCUAGAAGACGCUCCUGAAUCGUCAUUGUCCACCCGCGUUUCUAACAAUGAUCCACUCGAACGAUCAUCUCCAAUUCUCUCGAACCUUGAAUCAACAACCAUUGAAAAUAUAAUAAUUCCUGUCGACGUAGAUUCCGCUCUGUUGCUUACAAAAGACGAACCUGUAGGUAUCGUUAACAAGACUGAUGAGACUGUUCCUGUACUGACGGAACCCGAUAAGACUAACUUUCGUUCCAAACUCGAAACUGUUAAGACUGAUUCAAAAAUGUUGGGGAAUGAAGCGACUAAUGUCGAAGAUAUUCCUAAAAGUUCUAAAAGCAUUUCCGAUAACAUUAUUGAGGAUAUCGAAACGACUGAGGAAUUAGAGACUGACGUAACUAAGGUAGAAGAGACACAGGAAAAUGUUGAAAUUGUUAGCAGAGCUGAAAAAGUGCCGGACGAACAAGCUGAUAAAUUCAUCGAAGUUGUCAAGGAGGUUAUUAUCGAGACACCAUCGUGCGAGGAUGUCAUCAAGGAGGACCACGAGAUAAUCAUUUUGGAAGAUGUCGAGGAUCCAGAUCCGUCCAGUGUGGUUUCAAAUCCUGAAGGAGCAUGUAACGAGCAUAUCAUUGUCGAAGCCAAACCAGCAGUAGUCAUACCUUGCGAAGAAGUAGAAGAAGAAGAAGAAGAAGUCGAUAUAAUCGAGGAGGUAGCCGAGGUAAAAACUACAGACUCCGUUGAAGUAAUUCCAAAAGAAGAGAAAAUCGAAGCAGAACCGAUAUUAUCUGAUACAAGCUUGCCGGUCAAAGAUGUUCUUGUAGAAGAAAUGAACGAAUUAGAUGUCUCGUCUUCCAUCGAUGUUAGUAUAGAACUCAUUGAUCAUUUUAUAACGGAUACGAUAACUGUAGUCGAAAAACUUGCGGGUGGAGGAAAAGAUAUAAUCGAGAUCGCCGAAGUCGAGAGUUCAGUCUCUUUGCCGAUAUCAGAAACAAAAGAAUCCUUAGACGAACUUAUACCUGAACAAGCACAUCUACUACCACCGCCACCGCCACCGCCAUCAUCGUUAACAUCGACUACCAUUACCGAAGUCGCUUCCAACGAGCAAUUAAGUAAAGUACAAGCAAACGAAUCUUUAGAAGACCUAACAAAUGCCAAUGAACUAUCCUCCAGUUCACAAAAAGACACAAUAGUAACGACAAACGUUCCCACGGAAAGACAGAGUCCGUCCCAUACUACUGUUACGAGAAUCACAACACCACCACCAUCUUCCUCACCUCCUCCUCCUCUUCCUCCCUCUUCUAUCAAAGAGGAAGACACUUCUUGUCGACUUCAAAGUGAAUCUUCUGAGUUCCCAUUGCCGCCACCAAAUGAAAUUACAACAAAAUCUCCUCCUUCCUCACCUCGAUGUAAUGUUAGUCAAACGUCCAGUAACCUAACAGAAAUUGAUCAAACGUCAAUCGCAAGUCCAAAUCCAAGUAACCGAUCCAGUACAAGUAUCGUGUCUAGCACUACAACAGCCACAAACGAUUGCUCGCAAACAUUGUUGCACGACGACCAGACCGAUCGAGAUUUGAAGACGGAGUCGGUGUCUCAGAGCCUCAAUUCGUACAAUGAUUCAGAAGUUGAGUUGAAGGAGAGGUUAGCCCAAUCCCUGGCGGAGACGGAAAACCAGAAGGAAACCUUAUCGUGUCGAUCGUUGAACGAUGAUGUCUCAACUGCCUUCCAGGAGAACCACCAGAGCACUCCGGAAGUCGAGAACCCAGUAGUGGAAAAGACCACCGUGACUAAUGAAGUUGGUACGACAGAAAGUAACGUUGAGGAAGCUCCUAAGGUGGCACCACCAGCCAUCCCGAUCGAAGUUCCAGCUUCGCCGCCAUCUGCACCGGCCAUUACCGAAGAUGUUGCUUCGGUCACUAAGGCCAUCGAGGAAAUCGACAUUAGUGACAAAGCGGUUGCAGCAGCGGUUAACGAGGCCAUUGAAUGCAACACGAACGAAAUAAUUGCCGACGCGCAUCACCAAAACAACAUGAACGAAUAAACGCCAUUAACCGAAUUCUAUCUUGGGAAGAAGAAAAUUCUUUUCUCUCGUUAAAACCAAAAAAGUAUAUUAUAUAGAUAUGUAUAUUUGGACCAUUCCUGCAAACUAAACCAGAAAAGAACGUUCUUUCGUUACGAGCAACAACACAAAAAAAAGUAAAGCAAGAAAUAAAUAAAUAAAUGAACAAGAUAAAGAAAAUAAAAAAAUGGGAAAGAUGGAAGAAAGAAAGAAAGAAAAAAAGAAAGAAAGACAGACGGAAAGAAAGAAAGUAAGAAAGAAAGAAAGAAAGAAAGAAAGAAAGAAAAGGAAUGACGAUGUUACCGCGACAUCGCGAAAAGAAGAAAAAGAAGAAGAAGAAGAGAGAUGAGCAUUAUAGACUUUAAAUAGUAGGCCUAUUAAUUAUUAUGAUGAAAACAAAAGCCGGCAGGGUGAGAAAAAAAAGAAAAGGAAGAAUUCAUCACGAAAGAAGGGACUAAACACGAUUGCAUUAUUUAAAGGAAGAAAGCGAGGGUCGCUAAAAAGGGUAUAUAAUAAAGGAAAGAGUAAGUGAACGAAACCGAUGAUUUUGAAUACUAAACUAAAAUAAACUAAACAAAACAAAAAAGAACACAACUACCACCACCACCACCACCACUACCACCACAACCACCACUACCCACCACCCACCACCCCAAAAACCCAUGUAUACGCGUUUGUGCGCAGAUUGUGAGACUCUUUUUAAAAAUAAGAGAUUCAGAAUAAAAAGAAGACGCAACAGUAGCAACAACAACAAGGAAAAUAUUAAUAAUUAAAAUUAAAAAUCGCAUCUAUCUCGUUCAGCGCGUAUGGUCGCUCGUAACCGAAGGAUCAUUGAAUUCAUUUUUACCACGGGCCGAGCCCAGCCGCAGGUGGUUAACGCAGAUUAGCCUUCCUGUGUAGGAAUUUAAACAAGAAUAGCAUCAACAACUACAACAAAAGAAAAGGUUAUUAUCAUUAAAGGGUUAUCGAGAAAUAACAAAAAAAUGAAAGAAGAACAAUGCGCAUUGCGAGUGAACGAAAAUCAAUCUUUCAAAGAUCAUCGUCAUCUUCAUCGUCUUCAUUAUCGUAAUCAUCAUCAUCGUCAUCAUCAUCAUCAUCUUCAUCAUCGUCGUCGUCGUCGUCGUCGUUGUCAUUAUUAUCAUAAUCAUUUUCAUUAUCAUUUACCAUUAUCGUCAUUAUCGUCGUUAUCGAUAGACGAAUAUCUUUAUCGUUUAGCGUAUUAGUAUCCGGUUGGUAAUACUCAAAAAUGGCUGGUGCCCUCCCGUGUAAACAUUAACAUUAACAUUAUUAUAUUUCUAUGAGAGAAAACGAGUAUGAGAUCGCGAAUGGAAGGGUGAAUAGACGAUGAAAAAGUAAGGAGACUGAUUGAAAGAGAGAAAGAGGAGGAGGAGAGAGGCACGAGAGGGGGGUGUGCGUGUAAGAUUAGAAAAAAAGGAUCGAAAGUAAGAAUUGUUUAGUAGUGUGCGUGUGUCGCGGAACGAAAGAGUGCGCGAAAGAGAUCGAUGCUCUAAUAAUUAAAAAAAAUAAAAAAUAAAAAAAAAUAAAAAAAGAAAGAAGGAAAGAAAGAAAGAAAGAAAGAAAUACAAAUAUACAAGGAAAGAACGUGGAAAAAAAUAAAAAUAAAAAUAAUAAUAAUAAUAAUAAUAAUAAUGGUGUACGAUUUUACUUUCAUUAUUAAUUAUACGACGACGAAGGAAAACAAAAAGACCGCUACAGGCUCUAAUAAAACACUUGGUAAGAGAAAUGAAUUAAUAAUAAUAAUAAUAAUAAUAAUAACAAUAAUAAUAAUAAUAAUUAUAAUAAUAAUAAUAAUAAUAAUAACUAAGAAGAGAAAGGAUAACAAUGAGACAGAAAGAAAGGAGAAAUGGUUUGGAUGAGCCAAAAGUUGUCAAAGCGCAAAUACGAAAAAACGAACCGCACGAGUGAUUUAAAUGAAAAUAAAAAUAUAUGAAAAGAAAAAAAAAAGAAAAAAAAGGAAGAAAAAAAAGAAAAAAGCUCGUAUCGCGAGAGAAGAAAUUUCUCUUAAGAGGGAAGACAGUCGAUAAUAUACAUAUAUAAAAAGAUCUUUUUUUAUUUUAUUAUUAUUUUAUUUUAUUUUGCUCGUGUUUCCUUUCGCGGACCUCUUGAUUUUUCUUUUCUUUUCUUUUCUUUUCUUUUUAAAUUUCGGUCUUUGGUUUUUCCUUUAAAUAUAUUUGUACGAUCAAGAAUUGUUUUUUUUUUUUUGUUUUUUCUUCUUUUUUAUGUUAUAUAACGAGGAACUAUACACUUCUAUUAUAUACAUUUUUAUGAUGUUUGGAUAAGCGCAGGAUGAAAAACACACGACUACUCUUGUAUUUUACACAUAUAUAAAAGAAAGAAAAAAACAAAGAAAUAUACAAAACUAAACACAUUUACCAAGAGAACAUUUUUACACGCACAUGGGUACGAUACUUUCGUACUUUACCAUCCAUCACCCCACAACCAUUCACUAUCACCGCCGCCACCACCACCGCCACCACCACCACCACUACCACUACCACUACCAUUACCACCAUCACCACCACUACCACUACGAAUACACAAACUUUUAAGUAAAAAACAAGAAACGUUAUACAAUAAAGUCGAAACACAGUGUAAGUGAUAUUUAAUCUAGACGUAUAGGAAAAAAUACGUUCGUGUAAUAAAUACAAAAAAAAACGAAAAAAAAAAAAGAAAAUGGAAGAAGGGAAAAAAAAAUUCGGUGUUUGUUCGAUAAAUGAUAUUUCUCUUUUAAAUGAGAAAAAGAAUUUACGACACGAAGCCUAUCUCUCGUAAUUUUUAUGAUAAUCAUUAAAAGUAUCAUCAUCGCCUAAUUACAAUAAACAAAACAAGCGUGCACAAUUUUACCGCCCCGAGAUAUAAUAGGAAAGAAAAAAAGAAGAAAAAAAAAUGUGAAAAGGACAAAAAAAAAAGAAAAGAAAAGAAAAGAAAAUAAUAAGAAGGAACGGUACCUUUUUCAAGUUUUUCAUACAAUAUUUCUACGUUUAUACGGAUCUCCCAGAAGUAAAAGAAAGAAAAAAAAAAAAAGAGUAAUUUACAUGCGAAAGCUUUUUUUAUUAAGACAGUAGCGUGUAGACCAUUUAAAGCUAAUCGAACAAAAAAAAAGAAAAAGUGCAUAUAACAUGUAUAUUAUGCUCUCGAUCAGAAUAUUUCCAAGUGUUAGAGAAGUUGGUAUUGAUUUUUGAACAGUAUAAUUAAUGAAUAAGAUAUAAAGAACGAGAGAAGUUUAAGGGGGAGGGGGGAGGGGGGUUGUAGGAGGAGAAAGACGAGGAGUAAUAGAUGGAAGAAGUAAGAAUAAUAUGAGAUUGAAGAGGAAGAGGAAGAGAAGAGUAGAAGGAGAAGGAUGAGGAGGAGGAGGAGGAGGAGGUGGCAAGAAGUUAAAAUUAAAAGUUGUAUAGUAAACCUUAUUCGUAUGGAAUUUCAUCAAAAUAGUAUUGUCCAUAAUGAUAUUUACAACGAAAUUGCGCCGGUUUUCUCAACGGAACAAAUUUCGGCAACGAGAGAGAGUAUUAGAGCAUUUUCAUUUGAAAUUCUUUAAACGUGACUAAUAAUCUGUGUCUCAGCGUAACAACAAAAUGGAUUGUUAAAAUAGAUUUGAGGCGUCUUCCGGCACAUCGAGUCGACUCGUUAAUGUAAGAGAGGAGAGAUCUUUGCGUUUUUGAAUACUAUUAAAAUAAAAUUAUAUUAAUAUAACACUUUUUACACCGGAGGCGCUUCAAAAACCACAAAACCUACAGUCUUCAGUAUCUUCGAUCAACAGUUAUGAUAGUAACUAAACUAUUCUACAUUUAUCUAUAAUCUAAUAAACUGUGAAACAAGUGUA